AUGGGAACGGAGGAUUCAGAAGGCUUGCUAGAACGAAUACGGAAGUUGAUUCAGACUCAACGUCCGAGAGAUGGUGAGGAGGAGAAGGCAAUCACAAGGACAGGUAAGGGAAAACUCAGCUUUUAAUUCCUAAAUUAUCUUAGGACCUCUUCACAGUCGAAUCACACCCUACAGCAGGAAGCCCAAGCAGAAAAGUGAUUAUUCUGUCCAUGAUUCGGAACUUCCGAGUACAUCGGUCCAGCUUCCUAACACAUCCAGGACUCCGAUCCUAACGACAAAAGCAGAUGGGGAUUUACCUCCGUAUCUAAUGCAAUGUCCUGAGCCCUACAAUCUACACUACUGUUACAAUGACGGGGAUUGUGUCACGUAUCGGUGAGUUGUUUUACGUACUUGAUGAUUGGGUAGGAAUUUUCUCUAGAUUACGCAAUUUAAUGGGUUGUUUUGGGAAGAUUCGGAUAGGCUUCUACUCAUCGGAAUUAGUGUUUUCGACAGUAAGGUCGCUUUGUCAGUGUUUGACCCUUAAAAAGUUACUUUUUUCAGCUCCACCAACCACAUAAAUGAUAUGUUCUGUCGCUGUGAACUCGGCUUUCAUGGAGAACGAUGUGAGUAUUCGUUUAACGGGGAGUUGUAUGGUCAUGAUCUUUUCGUCGCGAAUCCAGAAAGUAUGGAUCAUGAGAUGGAAGUGGAGAUGGACGUGGAGAUCGGCGAGAACCGCGUGAAUGCCCCUGUCUCCUUGAUAUCCGGUGCAGCAGCGUCUUCAUUGGUGAUGUUGUCGGUGUUAUUGGUGGUGCUGGGCAUUCUGGCUCUCCUUCUUCUUUGUUUUUUCUGUUUCCGACGGUAUGUUUUGUAUAUCUUUGGAUUGUUUUGUUUCCCGUGUCAUCUCAUGACCUCAUGAGAUGUCGAGACAUUCCAUUUACAACCCUCCGAACCCUUUUUUAUGCAAAUUAUGAAUGACGUUGAGUCCAACGCAAUUCCGCGCAAGCCGCAGAUUUGAAUUAACGGCGUUUUGUUUUGGAAAACAUGUCAGUGGUCUUUUUAUAGCCCAUCUGCGCUCUUCGGAUACAAAAGAAUAUGAUUUUUUGACUUCAGGAGAACUGAAAAUCAACAUUCCGAGAUAUUUUCAAGCGAGGGCGAAGAAACUACUACAGUAUCCAGUCUGCCAUCUACAGUACUCUCAACCAUCGCCUACAGUAACCCGCCUUUUCUACAACCGAUAGACGACUGCCGAAUAUAUCGAAGUACUGUGGACGCGGAUACUCUAACAUCCGACAGUGACUCGACACCCGGCAACUCUCCCAUCAAACCGUUGGUUCGGUAG